AUGUGGACCGUCUCGGAGUCCUCAUCCAGGAAGACGGCAGUGACCAGCGCAGCUGAGUUUGCUGGUAAUGGCUUUCAUACUUCGCUGCCAAGUCAUUGUUUGACCGCCUCUGGCUCUCUUCCAACCUUCACAUGGUUGGGCGAAAAGAGCCCUUCGAGGAAGUCGGUCGACUGGCAUACGCAGCACGAAUUUGCGUGCGCGGUAAUACUCGUUGCCUGCUGGUAUGGCAUUCCUAGCAUCAAUCAUGGACAACGACCUCGACGACAUCCAAUCGAUACUGUUGAGCUAUGGCAGUUCUUCGAAGACAGUGGAUUGGCAUGCUUCUUGCCGACUUGCGAGGGCCUGAAGGGAAACGAACUGUCAAGCGUGCGCGCACCAUGGCGUGAUCGGAAUCAAGUGGUUUGGGCAACCUGGCAGUAUCCCAGUCCUCGUGCUUCUCCAGCCCUCGUGCAACCUUCGGGUGGCAUUGGAUCGACCAUCCGAGGACACAAACUCGUGAGAAUCAAGCUGGAUGUCACCCUCGCCGAGGAUGUAUCAACCAUAUCGUUCCUCCGAGGCAAGUUCUUGAACAGCGUCAGACUCAAACAUACCACGUUGACCGUCUUUCUUGAUGCAAAAGCUACCUUUGACGUUACUGAUCGCCAGAAGAUCCGGAAAUGUUCGGCGAUCAAAGUCACUUCAAAAUUUCAUCCUUUAUGA